GAAGUGCCGCCUCACGACAUCAGAAAGCCACCUUGGGCAUUUCUAUAAGAAGUAUCUCCAAACUAGCAAUGUUUGUCCGAUAUACCGGUUGUGUCAAGCUAUCUCCGAGUUUCCCUCUGACACAACUCUGCAAAGGGACUUGUAUAGGGCUGAAUAAGAGACAGCUGUUUGGCCCACUUUACAUGUGCCAACCCUGACCCUUCAUGACAACAAAGCAUCAAGCCAUCAUCACCAAACAGCUUUCAUGCAUCGUUUAUACCUACCCAGAUCAUCUACAUUCCCUUUCCUCCCCACCGACUCGCUUCUUAUUGCCCUACGUACCUCUCAACAUCAGUAGCUAGACUACAGGGUCUCGUGCUCGUGAGGAGAUCGGAAGGCUCCACCCCUGAGUGCUGCGGGCGCUGCAGCUUGGAUCGCUUCGACCUUGUCUUCACAAGGGAACUCACUUGCACAAUACUUGACAACUACAUGCCUACGAACCAACAAACCUACCUACACGCCUGGACCGAAUCUAUUACGGAUAUCUCGGGUCUGGAAAUGACUGCGAGUAUAGAAUUGGAACGAUAACAGCUCCCAGGCUCACUUGAGCGUCAUUCCAAGCAAUGACCUCCUACACGAACCUCAGAUCUUCAGGUGCUUCCAUAGACGGUAUGGAAGCCGUUGAGCUGAAAGACAGAAGGGCAUCUACGAGCGGCCGGAAGUCGGGUGAUUUAGAGGCAGGCGAGGAAGAUAUCGGGGUACCCUCUUCCUCUUGGAACGGCGCACCCGGCCCCUCCCAAGGGGGUCAUCGCAGGCAGGAAUCCCACGGCGCCGAUGACGAAGAUGGUUCCGAACUCGAACUUCUCUUGGACCCGAACUUGCCUGCCGAAUACAGCCAUAAACUUCGCGAUCUCACUCGAAAGUCCCUUAGCUUCGACGACAAUCAAGUAGGGGUCAAGUUCGGCGAAAGCGAGGACGAGGAAGAAGAGGUAGAGAACUCACCUUAUCCAGAAGUCCGAGCCGCCGUUCCCAACUUUGAUCAGGACCUGCCAUGUAACACCAUCAGGGCGUGGACCAUUGGACUUGGGCUCAUAUUUCUUGGGGCUUCAAUGAACACCAUCUUCUCACUGAGAGCCCCAUCAAUCAGUCUCGGGUCACUUAUUGCCCAAAUCAUCGCUUGGCCGCUGGGACAUGGCUGGGCCAGGUUUAUGCCGCAACGUGAGUUCAACACCUUUGGUAAAAGGUGGACUCUGAACCCGGGGCCUUUCAACAUCAAGGAACACUCUGUCAUUGUUGUUAUGGCCAGUGUCUCCUUUUCUGUGGCCUACGCUACCGACAUCAUUUUGGCCCAAAAGGUGUUCUACAAGCAGGACUUUGGCCUAUUAUGGGGGGUUCUCCUUACGAUAUCGACGCAGAGCCUGGGCUAUGGAAUUGCUGGAAUGCUAAGAAGAUUUCUCGUCUAUCCAGCUUCCAUGAUCUGGCCGGGAAACCUCGUGGGAGUUACCUUGAUGCACGCCAUGUACGGGCAGAACGAGAAGAAGGAUCCCACAAUAAUGGGUGGCUCAAUCCCUCGGUACCGAUGGUUUGCCUACAUCACCCUCGGCUCUUUUUUGUACUACUUCAUCCCCGGUUUCUUUGCACAGUUCCUCAGCUCCUUUGCCGUUGUGACUUGGAUGGCACCAAACAAUCCUGUCGUCAACCAGUUGUUUGGCUACUCGACGGGCCUCUCCCUGCUUCCGAUCACGUUCGAUUGGGCGCAGAUUACAGGAUAUGUUGGCUCGCCUAUGGUACCUCCAUGGCACGCAAUUGCCAAUACAUUGGCCGGCGUCGUGAUAUUUUUCAUAAUUGCCGCCAGCUUUUUGCAGUACACUGGAGCGUGGUACGGCAAGUAUCUGCCGAUGAGCGACUCCAACGUCUAUGACAAUACGGGCAAGACAUAUGAUGUUUCACGAGUCCUUAGCAAGGAAUUUACGCUCGAUGAGGAGGCGUAUAACACUUACUCGCCUCUGUUUCUCAGUACAACAUUUGCCAUAGCGUACGGUUUGUCCUUUGCUGCCAUAUCCUCACUGAUAGUGUACACGUACCUACAUCAUGGGAAAACAAUCUGGAGACAAUGGAAAAACAGCACGAGCGAGAGGCCUGACGUGCAUAUGAAGAUGAUGAGGAAGUACAAGGAGGCCCCGACGUGGUGGUAUAUGUCGCUGUUUGCAGUGAUGCUCGCCCUAGGCUUCUUCACCGUUCUCGGCUGGCAAACCAACCUCACAUGGUGGGCCUUCCUCCUCGCCGUCUUUAUCUCGUUCGCCUUUUCCCUUCCCAUCGGUAUCAUCCAAGCCGUCACCAACAACCAAAUCGGCCUGAACGUGUUGACCGAGUUUGUGUUUGGAUACAUCCAGCCAGGCCGCCCUCUAGCACUUAUGAUCUUCAAAACCUUUGGCUACAUAACCAUGUCCCAAGCCCUCACCUUCGUCGGCGACCUCAAAUUUGGUCACUACAUGAAACUUCCCCCCCGCGUGCUCUUCUCCGCCCAAGUCGUCGCCACCACCUUCUCCUGCAUCAUUCAAAUCCUAGUACUCAACUUCGCCCUCCGCACUAUCCCCGAAGUCUGCACCCCUUCCCAACCUCAACACUUCACCUGCCCUGGCGGUCGCGUCUUUUUUUCCGCAAGCGUCAUCUGGGGCCUCAUCGGCCCCGCCCGGAUGUUCUCCCCGGGCCAGAUCUACUCUUCUUUGUUCCUGUUUUUCAUCCUGGGAGCCGUCGUGCCCUUGGGUAUUUGGUUGCUCCUUCGUCGUGCGCAAAAGCGGAAUCCGCACACAAAAACAUGGCUGCGCUACGUCAUUGCGCCCGUCAUCUUUGGCGGCGCGGGCUCUAUCCCGCCUGCGAGUCCGCUGAACUAUUUGAGUUGGGGCAUCGUCGGGUAUGGGUUUCAGUACGUAGUGCGCAAGAGGCACUUUGGGUGGUGGAGCAGAUUGAACUUCUUGACAAGUUGCGGGCUCGAUCUGGGACUGGCGCUGGCGACGCUGGUGGUGUUUUUCGCCUUUACCAUCAACGAGAUUAGUCCGCCUAGUUGGUGGGGAAAUGACGUGGUAAAAGGCACGUUGGAUUUCAAGGGGAUGGCGGUAAGAGAGAGAGUGGGGGAAGGCGAGACAUUUGGGCCGAGGGUUUGGGCUCUUGGAGGAGGAGGAGGAGGAGGAGGAGGAGGAGGAGGAGGAGGAGGAGGAGGAGGAGGAGGAGGAGGGUAA